AUGCAGACAAUAUCAAUAACUACAGCAAUCUUAUUAUUAACUCUAGUUUGGGUUAUGAAUGCUCAAAAGUCAAUUAACUGGGCAGGAUAUCAAUGGUAUCUACGUGAUGAUCAAAAUAGUGGACCUGGUCCAAACAACUGGGACUCAAAUAAUGUAUGGGUUGAUGGAAAUAAUAAACUUCAUUUGACACUUCGUUAUUCAUCUACAACAGGUGGAUGGACAUGUGCUGAAUUAUACACCAGUAUUAAUUUUAGUUUUGGUACUUUUCGAUGGUUUAUCGAAGGAGCAAUUGAUCAACUUGAUCGUAAUGUUGUAUUGGGUCUAUUUACUUAUAAAGGUCCUGAUGGUACAAAUGAAAUUGACAUUGAAAUGGCUAAAUGGGGUAGAACAGAAGCAGAAGCAUCGAAUCUCUUUUAUACAGUCUAUCCACAUACAUUGGGUAUUCAUGAUCCAGUAUCAUCUGGUACACGUAUAUCUCUACAAGGAACAUAUACAACUCAUCAGUUUACUUGGACUCCUGAAAAUGUUUCUUUCCAAAGUCAACAUGGUUUUAUGACUUCACCAAAUACAAAUAUUUUUUUUUCAUAUCAAACACCAACAGAUUUUGCAUCAUCAAUGCCUUAUACUAGUACUCCUCUACAUCUCAAUUUAUGGGCCUUUCAAGGUCAACCACCAACGAAUGGUCAACCAGUGGAAAUAAUUAUUCAUGAUUUCAAAUAUACUAAAGCAUAA